CACAUCGAGAGCUUCAGAAGAACUGAAUCUACUGACAACAGAGAAGAUCAUUUAAUAAGAGAGAAGAAUGAAGAUCAUCUUGACUUUCACUCUGCUGAUGAUUCCUGAGGAAGUGGGCGUCUCCGUCACAUUCAGCACUUCAUGUUAAACAUGUAACCAGGAAAGAAACACUCAAAACUCAUCUGAACACACAUCGAGAGCUUCAGAAGAACUGAAUCUACUGACAACAGAGAAGAUCAUUUAAUGAGAGAGAAGAAUGAAGAUCAUCUUGACUUUCACUCUGCUGAUGAUUCCUGGAGUCGUGAGCUCCAUCAGUGUGACGGGAUAUUCAGGAGGAGGAGUCACGAUCACAUGCAAUUAUGAUGAAGGAUAUACAGCAAAUACAAAGUAUUUUUGUAAAAGUGAUGAGUGGCCAUCAACAUGCUCUGACAUCAUCAAGACUGAUAUUAAAGAUAAAUGGGUUUAUUCUGGAAGAUUCUCUCUGCAUGACGACACAAGAUCAGCAGUCCUGAAAGUAGAAAUCAGAAAUCUGAGUGAACAGGAUUCUGGGACGUACUAUUGUGUGGUUGAUAGACCUCUCAUUAAAGAUUCAUACACUGAACUGAAUCUGAAGGUUAUAAGAGAUCAACAACAAAUCAAGAGUGUGAGAGGAUAUUCAGGAGGAAACGUCAUUAUAAACUACAAAUAUGAGAUGCAAGAAGCGAAUACUUUGAUACACAUCUGUAACACUGCAACAUAUAAAUGUUUUGCUGAAAUAAUCACUAACAGAGCAGCAGGAUGGGAACAGGAUGGACGAUUCUCCGUUCAUGAUGACAGAUCUGCAGGUCUCUUACGUGUGUUUAUCAGAGAUCUGAAUGAGAACGACUCUGGAGAAUAUAAGAUUACAAUCAAAGUUUCUGAAGAAUACAGUUUCUUCUCUGAGUUUAAUCUGGACAUCAGAGACAAUGCUUGUUGUGUGAAGAGCAUCAGUCUAUCAGCUGCUGCAGGAGGAUCUGUGAACAUCAGCUGCAAAUACCCACAAUCCCACAUUAGUGAUGUGAAGUUUCUCUGCUGGAGAUCUGGAGCUGAUCUCUGUGCUGAAGAGACGUCUGUGAAGGAGAGCAGAAGAUGGAGUCCUGAGGGAAAGAUCCAGCUGUAUGAUGACAGAGAAGAGCAGCUCCUGAUGGGAAGAAUCAGUCAUGUGACUGAACAACAUUCAGAAUACUGGUGUGGAGUUCAGUCUGAUCAAGAACACAAGAGCUUCAUCACACGAGUCCUGAUCCAUGUUACAGAAACAUCAUCACCACCACCACCACCACCAUCAUCAUCAUCACCAUCAUCAUCACUAUCAUCAACAACAGCAACAACAACAACAACAACAACAUCUUCAUCAGCUUCCUCUUUCUCAUCAGUGAGACCUUCACCGUUCACAGGUGUUUCCAGAUCUUCUACAUCACUGGCGUCUCUAAACACAUCAGCAGGCUCUUCUCUGAUCCUCCCUCUGGUUCUGGUUCUUCUGGUUCUGAUCAUCGCUGGACUCUUAUUACUGUUUCUCUGUAAGAAGCAUCAGUCUCAAGGCGGUGAUUCAUCAUCUCAGACUGGACCAAGAAAACAUGAAGUGGUUUCUAACACUGGUUGUGAUUAUGACGAGAUUAAAGACACUCACAAACAAUUACCCACAAGCCCCUCUGAUUCUUCUGACAUUGUUUAUGCCACUGCCCAAUUACCCACAAACCCCUCUGUUUCCUCUAACUGUGUUUACGCUACAGUUCAGAAAGCCUCUGGAGACUCUCAGUGCGGCAUCACAUCUGCUGAGGAUCUGAAUUACGCAGUGGUGAAUUUCCACAAGGAAUCAGACUGUCCUGACAGUGUCAGUUUCAGGAAUGAUCAGGAUUACAGUGAAUACGCUACUGUCAAUCAUCUCACUGCUUGAAGAGCCACAGUAGAGAAUAUAAAUGAGCUGAAUGUUUUUAUCAUCUUGUCUUUGGCGUUAAAGGUUUAGUUCACCCAAAAAUGAAAAUUCUGUCAUUUAUUACUCACCCUCAUGUCGUUCCACACCCGUAAGACCUUUGUUCAUCUU